AUGGUCUUCUCCGAUGAUGAUGACCUCAUUGUGAUUCUUAUGCUUGCCGACAUGGACUAUGAGAGACACAAGAAGAAGCAUCAUGGUUCAGUCCCGGGACGUGAGGUAGUUUCAAGGGACAUGUCUAGUGGCAAUCUGCGCAUUGUAGCUGAUUAUUUUGCAGAUCCUCCAAUAUACAAUGCAACAUUCUUCAGGAAGAGGUUCAGAUUGUCAAGAGAACUCUUCUUGCAUAUUGUGGAUGGUGUGGAGGCACAUGAUGACUACUUUAGGCAAAAAUUAAAUGCAACAGGUCUUCUCGGUGCCACGGCAUUACAAAAGGUGUUUGGGUCAUUUUGCAUGUUGGCAUAUGAUGUUCCAGCUAAUUCAAUGGAUGAAGUUGUGAGGCUUGCUGAGAGCACCAUGGUAGAGGCUUUUCACCACUUUGUGCAGGCUGUGGUUGAGGUGUUUGGGGAGCAGUACUUGAGGCCACCUACUAUUGAGGACACUGCAAGAUUGUUGGCCAUUAACACUAAGAGGGAAUGGCCUGGCAUGCUCGGUUGCAUCGAUUGUAUGCAUUGGAGGUGGAAGAAUUGCCCAACAGCUUGGAAAAGGCAGUAUUCAGGGCAUGUGGAUGGGCCAACUAUGAUACUUGAAGCUGUUGCAUCUAAGAAUUUGUGGAUUUGGCAUUGUUUCUUUAGUCUACCGGGCUCUUUAAAUGAUAUCAAUGUCUUGCAGAGAUCACCAUUAUUUCAAAGGCUAACUUCAGGGACUGUACCACCUAUUGAGUAUAUGCUCAAUGGUAACAAGUAUACCAUGGGAUACUAUCUACCCUUCUUGGGUGACUUUUGUGAAGAGCUAUAG